AAUUACAAGUUAUUUUUCACCACAGAUGAAUCAAAUAAUGAAUUAAUUAUCUCUUAAUGAAUUAAUCACACUUAGCGCUAUUUGAGGAUCAUUCUUAUUUAAAUGAUUAGAAAGGAGAUUAUGAUUAAGAUUUUGAAUAAUCAUUUUUCAAUUAAUUUCAGCAUUUACCAACCAAUAUGACCAAGUCGUCUGUAACCAUCAGCAUUAACCAAAAGGACAUCAAUUACAAGAAUUUGCCAAAAUUGAUUGGGAACAACUUUGUUAAAUGGCUCAAAAAUAUCAAAUAUUAUUAAAAUCAUGAUAAUAUUCCUAAAGGAUUUUAAAGGCUUAUAGAUUUAAGACAAAAAGAUAAAUAAUCAAAAAUUAAAAUUAAAGACUUAAGAGAAUCCAUAUAAUUUGAUUAUGAAUGUCAAGUGGUAUUUCAAGAAUACAUCUGUGAUCAGCUAUACAUAGAUUUAAUGACCAGCAACAAAGUUGCUGACCCAUUCUCCUAUAUCCCUGGAAUCUGUAAUUAUUUUUCUGCUGCACAAGAACCAAUAAAAAUGGUAAGUAACUAUAUAAUGAGAAAAGAAUUCGUUAAUUAAUAAGGUGAAAUGUGAU